GUCAGUAUCUCUUGAUUCUCUCACAAAAUAACAGCUUUUUAAUUGAAUUUAAUUAGAAUUUUUUAAAAAUUGAAAUGAUAAUUGGUUUUUACUUACUUGCAGUGUUGGUUCUGAGUGCAAAAGCACAAAAUCAAUGUCAGAAUUAUUAUGGUCAAAAAGGCACCUGCGUGGUCAUUUCUUCGUGCAAAUCAUUGAAAGCGAUCGAUGAGAAGCCAAACAAAAGUUACUGGGAUCGAGUUGUCAUCUCUCAAAACCUCUGUGGGUCAGUUGGAAAUGUCAAAAAAGUCUGUUGUUCUGAUCCAGAAGUGCAAAAUUCACCUCAAAGUGCGGAUCGGGGACCUUUUGGAGGAAUAAAUAUCGCUGAAAGUGUUCCUGCUGGCGAUAAUUCUGUUCCAUGGACUAAUUCAAGGCCUUCGACGACAUCAGAAACGCUCGAAUUCACGACCUCAACGACUGAAAAUCCAGUUUUUAAUCAAAAGCCGCAAACUGGGACCUCAUCGAACGCUGGUUUAUUGCCCGAACCCGGCGUCAGUAACUGCGGACUUCAUUUUCCGGACAAAAUUUACGGCGGAAGUGUCGCUGCCAUCGACGAACAUCCCUGGAUGGCACGUUUGGAGUACACCUACACCGAUGGCAGUCGUGAUUUUCGUUGCGGCGGUGCUCUGAUCAACUCUCGUUACGUUCUUACGGCAGCGCAUUGUGUUCCGAGCAACGGCGAUAACGUCACUCUCACAAGUGUUCGUCUCGGCGAAUGGAAUUCCGCCACAAUUAACGAUUGUUUCCGCAAUAGUUGCACCGAUCCCGUUCAAGAUAUCGCCAUCGAGCAAAUAAUUUCGCAUCCUGCCUUCGUGAAAGGCGAUCAGGACUAUUAUCAUGACAUCGCGUUGUUGCGACUUUCAAAAGAAGCCAAAUUUUCUACUUUUGUAAGACCGAUUUGUUUGCCUUCAACGUCUGAAUUGCGUUCGGUGACGAAUUUUGCUGGAAAAAACUUUACGGUUUCCGGAUGGGGUGAGACCGAAAGUGUGAGUUCGAGUGAUUUAAAGCUAAAAAUUGACUUGACGGGCGUUGGAUUGGAAACUUGUAACUGGAUUUGGCGACAUAAGAGGAAUCCAAUUACGGAAAAGCAAAUUUGUGCGGGCGGUGAAGAGGGAAAAGACACGUGCAGAGGCGAUUCUGGAGGUCCGUUGUUGUUGAAUCAUCGAGAUGGAAAGGGAAAUAAUUACAUUUAUGCGGCGGGAAUUGUGAGUUAUGGCUUGGCGGAUUGUGCGAGACAUAAUUGGCCUGGAAUUUAUACGAAUGUGGGUGCUUACAUGGAUUGGAUUGAAGCGAAUGUUAAAGCGUAAAAGCUGAAAAUAAACGAAAAAGAAAGUUUUAAUUUUUGUUUUUAAUUUUUUGAUUUAAAAAAAAUUUUUUUCGGAAAUAUUAAAAAUUUUGAAAUAUUUUUUCUUAUAAAAUUGUUCGAAAUUUGAGCUUUUAUCAAUAUUUUUGUUGAAUUUAAAAACGAAAAAAAAUUUGAAAAAAAAAAUUAAAUAAAAAAAUAUUAAAAAUUUCAAAAAUUUUUAAAAGUGUUAAUAAUUAUGUGAAAAAU